GUUCAAUGAAUUAUUUCAUACUUUGAUUUCAUUAAAAUAAAUUAGCAGAGAGAAAAAGCGCAACAAGGAGACAGAUACAAAGUUUUCCUUUUUCCGUAGCAAAACAAAAAAAAACAAAUUCCAAGACAGAGAAAGAACUGCAACAAAUUUUUUUUCUUAAAAACAAUAAACUAUGAUCCAUGUAAAAUAUUUCAGGCUUAUUGCAUUUUCAAUUAUUCUGUAUGUGGCAUUUGCACAAGACUACACUAAUAAUAAAUGGAGUGAAUAUCCACAGUCGAUUUUACAAAAUGAAGAAAGAUUAACAAAACGUCCUUGGACAUUACGUGAUCCACUGAAUUGUUGCUUGGAUAAUGCUAAAUGUUGCCGGCGUAAAAGGGAUUUUGAAAGAAAACUGGAUGAAAAUGAUGAAGAUGAAUUCGGUUCACCGCAGGGAGAAUAUGCUUGGAAAAAUCGUUUAUAUGAGACAAGAAAUCGAAUCAAUCCAUUAAUAUUCAAAAAAUUUACUAAUGAAAGAAUGAAUAAAUAUUGAAUUUGAAAAACAAAACACACUACCAUUACAUUAUGUAUGUAUCUUCUUAUCUAUAAAUAUCUUAAAAUAAUCAUUUUU